CUUGCAUGGCAAGUUGGCAACGCCUCAGCUUCUUUGGUUCUAUCAACUAUGUCGUCUGAGCUGACGGAAAACCACCCUCUUCCUUCCUUCCCUUUCCAAAACGUGGCUCCCGUUUUUUGUAACGGAAACUUCCUCCAAGCACACAGGGUUAGGAAAGUCAAUGCGCUAUCUUCAAAGCUACAAAAAGGCAAAACGCUGAGCAUCAGACCAAUAACCAACCAAAUUCCCCCCGAUUUGGAAAAGCGCGUCAAACUUCGGCGUUGGACCAGUCUUUACCUUACUACUCCCAACUCCCAAGUCCCAGGCCCAAGCCCAAGCCCACACUCAGUCAACCCGCUCUUCUCUCUAUAAAUACCCCCUCCUCCUACCCUAAAACCCAAUCUGACCUAAACCAUACAUCAUUCAUUCAUUCAUCUCAUCAUUUCAUUCCCUUUUUCUUCUUCUUAUCCAUCCAAUUCUCUCAACCAGCACUGCCAUAACCUCACCGUCAGACAGCUUGCUUUCUAGCUGAACAAAUUCGAAUAGUAUCAUACAAUGAGGUCUCCUUUCGCCCGAUCCCCGGCGGCGUCUCCAUUCCACUCCCCGGCGGCGUCCCCGCCCCGCCGCCACACCUUCUCCGAGACUCUAAUGGAGGAAAACAUAGAAAGCGCGGAAGCGCUCAUCUAUAGAUGGGAUACCACCACCACCACCACCUCCCAGAACAAUUCCACCGAUACUCCUUCCCUCUUCUCCGACGACCACCGCCUCGAGGCCAAGAGAUACUUCUCCGCGGUCAAGGACCUUCAGGCGGCGAUGCAGUACUACGUGGCCAGCUACCCCGGCUCCGAGAUGCUCGUUCGAGCUCAGACCCUGAUGCAGAAGGCGAUGAAGAGGCUCGAGAAGGAGUUCUAUCUGAUUCUUAGGUCGAAUCGCGAGCAUCUGGAUGCCGAAUUGGUCUCCGUCCACCGCUCCUCCGUCGCCAGCAGAGCUUCUAGGUCGUCCACGGUUUCGGACGAAGAGGAAUCCGAUGGGGACGAGACGGCCACGGAGCCGUCUCAGUUUGGGGACGAUGUUCCCUCGGCCUCGUCGGUUGCUAUGGCGGAUUUGAACGCCAUCGCGCACUGUAUGAUUGGGGCCGGAUACACCAAGGAGUGCGUGAAGAUUUACAAAAUCAUCCGGAAAUCGAUUGUCGACGAAGGCCUGUACCGCCUCGGAGUCGACAGGUUCAGCUUGCUCCAGGUCCACAAGCUCGAUUGGGAGGCGGUGGACUCGAAAAUCAAGACGUGGCUCUACGCCGUGAAGGUCGCCGUCAAGACUCUGAUCUACGGGGAGCGGCUGCUCUGCGACCACGUCUUCUCCUCGUCUUCUCCCGCAAUCAGGGAGUCCUGCUUCGUGGAGGUCGUUCGAGAAGGCGCUCUGGACCUGUUUGGAUUCCCGGAAAAUUUCGCGAAGGGGAAGAAAACUCUCGAGAAAAUGUUCCGCACGCUGGACAUCUACGAGGCGAUUAGCGAUCUCUGGCCCGACAUCGAAUCGAUUUUCAGCUUCGAAUCGACCGCUGCGGUGAGGAAUCGAGCAAUCAACUCUCUAAUCAAGCUAGGCGAUGCCGUGAGGACGAUGUUGGCAGAUCUGGAAAACUCCAUUACCAAGGACGCAUCCAAGAUCUCGGUUCCCGGCGGCGGCGUACAUCCCCUCACUCGCUACGUCAUGAACUACAUCUCCUUCCUCAGCGACUACUCCGGGGCGCUCUCCGAUAUUGUGGCCGAUUUCCCGAUGGAGGUGCCGGCUUCCAUGCCGGAGACUUACUUCAGCAGUCCCGGCCCCGACGACGGCGUUACCUCCCCGGUCUCCGUUCGAUUGGCUUGGCUGAUACUCAUCCUCCUCUGCAAACUCGACGGCAAGGCUCAAUUCUACAGAGACGUCCCUCUCUCUUACUUGUUCCUGGCCAACAACCUGCGCUACGUCGUGAACAAGGUCCGCACAUCGAGCCUGAAGUUCCACCUCGGCGACGAGUGGAUCGAGAAGCACGACGCGAAGGUGAGGCAGUACGCCGCCAACUACGAGCGCGUGGGGUGGGACAGAGUGAUGUCGUCGCUUCCGGCGAACGCCGCGGCGGCGAUGACGGUUCCCGAGGCGGCGGAGUGGUUCCGGAAAUUCAACUCGGCGUUCGAGGAGGCGUACAGGAAGCAGUCGUCGUGGGUGGUGCCGGACUCGAGGUUGAGAGACGAGAUCAAGAUCUCGGUGGCGAGGAAAAUCGGCCCGGCGUACCGGCGGUUCUACGAGCGGAAUCGGGCGGCGGUGUCGAGGCAAGCGGGGUCGCAUGGAAUUGUCAGAUAUGCCCCUGAUGAUUUGGAGAAUUACUGGUCCGAUUUGUUUUACGGGCCGUCGGGCGGGAGUUUUUCGUCGGGUUCUUCGUCCAGGUCAUCGGUUUCUUCGUCCGGCCAUGGCGGUUCGAGUCACUGAUAAGAAUCAAAGUGUCGGCCGAAUGAGAGAAGUUCAUUUUUAUUUGGCGUCUUAUUUGUUUCUGUCCCACCGGCGUUUGAAGCGAGGGAAGGACAAGUGUAGAGUAUUUUUAUAGAGUAAAGAAAGAAACGUUCAAAAUAUAUGGAAUCAGACACAAUUGUGAAUUAGUCAUUGUAUAAAAUUGGAUGUCAAUUCGAUUCUUUGGAUUCUUUGGCUGUUUUGCUAGGCGAAUUAAAUACAAUUUAUAUAAACUACGGGUCGUUUGGAAGUUGCGAUUGUUAAAUAGAUGUAUUGUUGAGAA